AUGUCUUCAUUCUUCAACUACGCUCUUCUCACCAUCCUCGCCACCCUCAUCGCAUUCUUCAGUCGUUCUUCUUCCUCCUCUUCCGCCACUUCCUCCUCCCCUCCCGCCAUGGUUUCAUACAUGACUCCACUUGCUCCCGUAAAAGCCAUCAGAAGAAGGCAGCCAAAGCGUGUUGUGUCCAAGGUUGCAGGACCUUGCAUGACCGCCGAGGUCCCUUUCUUCGUGUCAAAUGCCUCUGAUGCCUUCAGCAAGUUGAGUCUGGAUGAUCAAGUCCCCAAUGUCAACGAUCUCACCGACUCCUUCGCAAAGCUUUCGAACAAAGAGUGGAUCCCAUACUCUGACAAGCCUCUUCGUAAGCCAAGCCCAGAAGUCGACGAUCUUGCUUCUUCAUUCGCUGCCUUCUCGACCAACGAUCGCCCUCUCGAAAAGUCAGCACCCAUUGUUAAUGAGCUCGUGUCCUCAUUCGGUAGCCUCUCAACCUUCGACAAGCCUUGUGAGAAGUCUACCCCUGGCAUGGACAGUGUCAUCGAUUCGUUCGGAAAGCUUUGGGACAAGGAGCGUCGUCUGCGUUCUGAACGUACUCUCCCAAAGCCAAGCCCCGAAGUCGAUGAUCUUGCCGCCUGCUUCGGCAAUCUGUCAUGCACCGAGCUCCGCCUUCGCUCUUGCUUCAAGGCACCUGGUCGACGUCACAAUGUCGCCAAGUCCGUGUCUUUCGUCACUUAUCCUGAUCGUGAGGACGUUGAUGUCUGUGAGCUCCGCUUCUUUGAGCUUGAGGAGGGGGAAACCCUUUCUCACAGAGUUAGCCGUAGCAGCCGUCAUCUUCCUCAUGUACAUGGAGAGAAGUUCAUCGGUGUGACGUCCACCGGAACAACCCAGCUUGUCAAGGCCACUGGGUUCUUCCGUUCUCCAACCAAGUCCUCGAACCUUCUCCUUCCCUGGAUCUGGAUCAGAUGCGUCUUAUCAACCAUCGUCAAAAACAUUUCAAGAAACGGCUCGACUAUCACGACUUUGGGAGUCCUACUUGGUGGUUCUUGUAGGGCUUUCGUCUGGAGCGGUAGCCGGGUCCCACCUCCUCCUCCACCUCCCAUCCCAAAGAAGCUUAACAUCAACAGCUCUUACACAGAGCCAGUGUUGAAAGUCCGAAGAAGCAAGGUCGAAAUCCCGAAGAAGCAUAGCAUCGACACAUCGACACCUCGUACGCAGAGGCAAGGUCAGAAUGAAGAAGCACUGAAAUCCCGAAGAAGAAUGACAUCGACAGCUCGUACGCAGAGCCAAGGUCCGAAGAAGCAUGAUCGAAUCCUGAAGAAGCACCACGCCGACACCUCGUACGCAGAGCCAAGAUUGAAACAAGAAGAAGCAGAACAUCGAAAGCUCAUCCGCAGAGCCAAGAUUGAAAUCCCGAAGAAGUACGACCACGACACCGAACAACAGGGCGAAGCACGAAGGGCACGAAGCGGAGGAACAAGAGAAGUUAUUUCACAUAGAUCCCCUCCCUCCAUUUCCUUCCGUCAGCGCGCUAAGGUGGAUGGCGUAGUCCUUCGGGAAACGUCCACCCCUCCCAGCGGAGGCCCCGGGCGAUAA